AUGAAGGCCACGUGGGUUUUGCUGGCGGUUUUGAGCGGGGUGUGCCGCGCUCGGUCGACGUGCUCGCCGACGUCUUAUUACAAGAACUGCUGGAUCCGACGCUUCCCGGGCGUUUUCAUCGACGUCGAGGAGUCGCAGAGGAGAGGGGCGCAGCUUCUGAGGCGUUACCAGGAGGAGACCGCGCUGAGAUGCAGCCGCACCUGCUGCCUAACGAGAAACUUUUCCUGUAAUCUGGCCACCUUUCACUAUGACACUGCUCAGGAAAGGGUGAACUGUUUCCACCUACACUGUCCGACACCGGAGAGCUGUAUUCUCGGCCACGGGGGCAACGUUGUUCUGUACAAUAUCACAAAAGGGGUGGAUCCUGACCUGCUGGUGUUUGGAAAAUACUUCGCCUCCAACGUGCGCGUGUUACCCCACCACUACAGCCGAGUCAACGCCUCGGAGCCACUGCCCCCAGACAAACGCCAGUUCAUACAUCCACCUCCACCUCCACCCGCUGUCCCGCCUCUGACGUCUGCACCGACAGUCAAACCGCCCACCACGACAAGCAGAGUGCUGAUCGCCGCCACCACCGCCGCCGCCGCCGCUGCUGCUGCUGCUGCCACCGUGCCGCCGGGCACCAGUCAGCCCACAAUAGUCUCCACAUCUACAACCGCAUUGUCCUCCGCUUCAACUGCUCCUCUGACACUGCUGGGGAACCAUGCACAAACAACAGCCCCGACCACCCCUACCAUUUCUCUUGCACCCAGCUUUACUACACCUCCUUCAUCCACCACAGCUACCACCCUUGGCCUUUACAAUCCUGGGACGACUCCCGUCUUUUCUGCCACAACUGCUCAGCCCUCCGCAUCCACCACCCCCUUCCCUCGGUCACCCACCAGCCCACCAACCUCCACGGCCCUCAUGGGCAACAUAGGGAGCAGCAAACAAUACCCCAAUGACACCAAGGGUAGCCCGGGGUGGAACCACACUGCAGGCGGUGAGGGAGGCCAGGGAGUCAGCGGAGAGGACGCUUUAGGGGGGUUGGGACCCGGGUGGCACGCAGCCGCUCACACCGUGCUGGUUGCAAUGGCCAUCUGUAUCACAGUGCUGCUGAGCUGCUGUUGCUCCAUUCUGCUGGUCGUGAGCUGGAGGGGUCAGAGGAAGAGGAUGGGACGCUACCGAACCUCAUGGCGCGGGAAAAGAGGCUCCAUGCGUCUGAUAAAGUAUGUGCUGGUCAGGGAAAGUUCCUGAAAGAGGGGCCAAGAAAAAAAAAAAAAAAUUCUCAUUUGUUUACAGCAAAGUUUUUAAUGGACGAAUCCAGGAUAAAGACAUUUGAUAUAAGUUAGAAUGUUUACUGUUAUGUGUCUGUAAAACAGAAGUUUUUGCAAAUAGCAAAGACAUAGCUUUAUAUUGCUUUAUUUUAAGCAGACAGGAAUGGAAAUGUAGCUACUGUCAACUGAUGCGGUGAGGCUGAGAUACUGUAUAUUUAAACUGUACAAGCAGCGGUAUAUUAUGGUUUACGAGAUUACCAGAAACAUUGGUUUCACUUGUUACUCGGUGACUUUCGACAGAUUCAGCCAAUAUAUCUGACCACUGCAAUUUGCCUCGAGAAAGACGAUAUGAUGCACAUUUGGCUGAACUAUACUUUGAUGUACUUCAGUGAGUCUAAAGCGAUGUUGAUGCCAAACCUCGAGGACAUUUGCCAGUUGUCUGCACUGGUCCUAAGUGGGAGUUGGGCACUUCCAAGCAAAAAAGCUGCUACAAUUGAGGCAUUGUUCAGAUUGUCAGCCAUGUGUUGUCCUUUGUGGAGCUGAAGGAGGAAUACUGUUUGCCCUGUGGCCAUCAUUGUUUAACCCUCCCGCAGUUGAGCGAAAUCUCAGUGCAUUGGGUUUCUCCUGACUUACAAGUGCACGGACCACAGACCAAAACUCUCUAAGAAGGGUGAGGUCCUUUUCAACAGCCUGCUGCUGAAAGCUUCCUUUGACCUGGGUCGCGCUCCUCGACCUGAUAAUGACGAGAGUGGGAUUGGAGCUCAAGUUGACUGAAUGGGGGUUUUUAUUACGUAAAAGCUUUACCCAUCAUGCACGGGAACUUCA